UCAUGCUGAAAAUUCAACCAAUUUUGUCACGCAGACUGCAUGUUGUAUCCUGUGUUCAGGCCAAGCGAUGCUCGGAGACGAUGGACCGGAUUAUCCGGGUCGAUCAUGCCGGAGAGUUGGGUGCAAAUCAGAUCUACAAGGGUCAGUUGGCAGUAUUGGGUAAUACCAAAGCGGGCAAAACGAUCGAGCAUAUGUGGGAACAGGAAAAAGUUCACAAAGCCGAAUUUGAUAGGUUAAUGAACAAAUACCGUGCCCGUCCGACUGCUUUGCUUCCCCUGUGGAACGUAGCUGGAUUUGCCCUGGGAGCUGGAUGCGCUUUGCUCGGCGAAAAAGGCGCCAUGGCCUGCACGGUGGCUGUCGAAUCGGUCAUUGUCGAACAUUACAACGAUCAGCUCCGUGAGUUGAUGGAAAAUCCCGACUUCAAAGACCACGAACUUCUCGAGACAAUUCAACGCUUCCGUGACGAGGAACAGGAACACCACGACAUCGGAAUGCACGAGGGAGCCGAACAGGCGCCAUUCUACAAGGCACUCACUGACGUGAUCAAGUUCGGUUGCCGCGCGGCGAUAAAAAUAGCGGAACGUGUGUGAAACACAUCUCUGGUAUGGGCUGUUUGUUUGGUUAAUACUGAGAAACUAUAAAUUUUCGUUUAUUUAUCACAACAAAA